AUGGCGUCCGUCGCAUCCUCCUCGAUAGGCAGCAUUGCCAGUACUUCGCUAAGCACAUCCUCGUAUACGCGCGGCAACACUCUCACCGACCUCGAGCUGGCUUCCACCACCCUGGAAUCCCUGACCAUCGUUCCUCUCACCUCGAUCGACCGCGUCCGACUCCUCUCUGGCAUCUACGGGCCCUUCCGACCACCUACGCCCGUCUCCGUCCCGCUAUGGGUAGCUCUACACCUCAAGAAGCGCAAAAAGGCCAUCCUCGUCCCACCCACCUGGCUCACCGUGGACGCCCUCACCGAAUCCCUGAAGCACGAAACCACCCAACCAGGCUUCGCACCUCUCCCGCACCACUGGAUCGGCGUCUCGCAAGCCCUCCUCUCCGGCGCAGCCGACGACAUUCCCAACUCCUCCCGCGUCCGAUCCUUGCUCAAAGACAUCCGCGAGGCGCGUCAAAGUAAGAUCCUCUCCGGCGUAGCCAUGGUCAAUUCGGUCCACCUGCAGAUGCACAACAUCAGCGCACACGAGGUCGCCGAAUUGCGCGGGUUCUUCGGGACUGCGUUUAGCCAUUUGAAAGCGCUCAGAGCGCCGAGCGAGGUGGAAGCCGAGGGGAAGAGACAGAGCGAACUGGGAGCGAGGAAUCGGUGGAUGUUGAUGCCUGAUCUGCCGGAUAGGUUGGAUGGGUGGAGCGCAGGAGAAAGGUCAAGGAGCGGAGGAGGGGAGGACGAAUCGAUGAGGACGGAUGGCACGGAUGAGAGUCGGUAUGCGGGUCCAGGGGUCAGAGCGCAGCCACGACAGUCGAACGUUUCGGACUCGGGGUAUCACUCGGGCCCGCUGGGUCGAUCGAAGUCCCCGGCGGAUCUACCACAGGAACGACAGCCACAGCGGGCGCCUCAGUACGACGCCAACCGCCCGCCCAGGUUCGCAGUCGACGAAGACGAGGACGAAGAUUCAUAG